AUGGACAAUUCUGGGAAACCGAACAGUGUUGAGGAAUCAACACAGACGGAGGCUCCAUGUGAAUGGCGGCACACUGUCUCAUUCUUGAACCUUCCGCGCGAGCUGCGUGAGAUGAUUUACAGCUACAUCCCUCACAACUCCGGCGCAUUCACCUACGAUACUCGCAUCAAACGGCAAAGACAACACUGGCCAUCACUAGAUGUAGGAGGCUGUCAAGGAGGCACCUCUUUCGACGACAAAUAUGGGAACCCUGGCGUCGCAUUCGGGACCGGUGACCAUCCCUUUGCCAUCCUCUCGACCUGUCGAACCAUCUACUCAGAAGCUCUCCCAAUACUCUACGCGAGAACUUCACUAGGUUUCUGGCGACCCAUGUACGACUGCGGUGGUCAAAAGCAAAACCCAGAUUUUGUCGCCCAAGUGUUCUCAUCAUUGCCUGUACAUGCAACUCAAUACAUCACGAUCCUCCAAAUCCAAGGCGAACUCUGGUUCCGCAAUAUGGAAACCCUUGUCAGCACCGCAACUGAGAAACUGCCUUCUUUGAAAGUCUUGGAGAUAGGUCUAGACCCUUACCACGACCUUUCGCACCGAAAACACUGGUUCGACCACCGCGCCAUGCUACGCCAAUCUUGGCCGUCGGUUGCUACUCUACAUCUAGUUGCCCAAAAACUGUCUACCAUCAACAUUGUAUUCUCGCCGCCCAAAGAUACAGUACAUAUAAGAGCCCACGACAAUGGACUCUGGAUUUCUGGACAACCGUAUCAACAGUUUCUAUGGCAGCAUCUGCAACUUUCAAUCUUGUGUUAUGAGAUAAGCAUCUACGGAGGCAUUCUACACAACAACGCAAAACAAGGAAUGGAAGUGUUUAUGGACCACCUAGUCCAAAGAAGAGACUUACUAGAGUUGAGGCAGACAAGGAAAUUGGCUAUGGAGUGUAUCGCCGGGACUUCUGGGUUCAAGAUUGAAAAUGAGAAAGAGUGGUUAACAGGGAUUACUGGGAGGGUUAUUGAGGUUGAUGAGGAGAAGAGGAAGAUUAGUGUUGUGUCGCCGAAAGAAGCAGAGGUUAAAUGGUGUAGGAUGACAUAUACAUCUGAGCCGAGGGGUUUGUGA